AAAGCUUUUCCACCUGCUCUUUAGAGAAGCUUGAAAGUCUGGAUUAGAAGGAAGGGACAGAAGGGAGAGGCAGUCAGGGUGGAGAGCGAGGUGAUUCCCCCCCCCCCUACAAUUUCAGGAUAUUACUGGUUCGCCAUUCUAACACUGCUGAAUAAAGCAGAGGAGGAAGCCUGAAGGGGAGUGAGCAUGGCAUACAACCUGAGCUAGGAAGAAGAGAACUGCUAAAAGAAGCUAUAGGAAAUUGGGAGAUCCCAGUAGACCCUUCAGAGCAAAGGUGGAUGUCUUGAAAGCAGAAUGAGCCAGAAAGGAUCUACGAGCAGCCAUCCUGGCUCUGCAAAUGGCAGCAUGGGCAAAGCCGAUGGAGCUGCCAAAAUGAGUGCAAAAGAUUUAUAUGAGCAAAGGAAGAAAUACUCCAAUUCUAACAUCAUUAUGCAUGAGACAUCACAAUACCACGUACAGCAUUUAGCUACCUUCAUCAUGGACAAAAGCGAGGCCAUUGUAACAGUAGAUGAUGCCAUUAGGAAACUCAAACAGCUUAACUCCAAAGAGAAGAUCUGGGCUCAAGAAAUGCUGUUGCAAGUGAAUGACAAGUCCAUUCGAUUGCUGGACUGCGAAACCCAGGAAGAGUUGGAGGAUUUCCUUCUGCCAACGGUCCAGCUCUGCCAAACUGUGCUGAAUCAGAUGCGGUAUUCCUCCAUACUUCUGUUGGUGUGUCAAGACUCAGAGCAGCACAAGCCUGACAUCCAUUUCUUUAACUGUGAUGAAGUAGAGGCAGAGCUGGUUCAUGAGGACAUUGAAAGUGCACUUGCUGACCAUAAAUUUGGAAAGAAGAUACGGCCACAGACGCUCAAAGUAAACCAAGAGAAGAUAAAACAGAGACAGUCAAUCCUCCCCCCACCCCAAGGGCCAGCUCCUAUUCCUUUCCAAUAUGAAGCAAAAAGCUCUUCAAAGAACAGCUUGAACCGAGUGGCUCCUCCUUCACAGCAUAAUGAGCCAGAAUAUGAACGACGAAGUUCUGGCUCUCAGGACCAUGAAGAGUCACGUGCAAUUUUAGCACAGAAGAUUGAAAAAGAAACGCAAAUCCUGAACUGUGCCCUAGAUGACAUCGAGCUGUUUGUUGCCAAACUUCAGAAAGCAUCAGAGGCAUUCAAACAGCUGAAUCAAAGGAAGAAAGGAAAGAAGAACAAGAAGAAAGGGCCAGCAGAGGGAGUUCUGACUUUGAGGGCAAAACCCCCAAGUGAAGCUGAAUAUAUUGACUGCUUCCAGAAAACCAAACUCGCACUCAAUCUCCUGAUUAAACUGAGAAAACAUAUCCAGAAUCCAAGUGCUUCAGAGUUGGUGCAUUUCCUGUUUGGGCCACUGGAACUGAUUGUGAAUAGCUGUGGAGGUCCUGAGCUUGCAAGAUCUGUCCUCAGUCCACUUCUUUCUAAAGAUACCACAGAUUUCCUGAAAGGACAUCUAACACCAAAGGAAAUGACACUGUGGGAGUCCUUGGGAGAAACAUGGACAAGAUCAAGAGCCGAGUGGCCAAGAGAAGCCAGUGUUCCAAGCUACAUUCCAAAGUUCCGCAAUGGAUGGGAGCCACCGUUGGAAAUUUUCCGUGGAGCCCCUUGGGAAAUAGACUUUGGCCACUUGCAAGAAGAGCUGUCAUCACCCAAUGGGUAUUCCAGUCGUAACCUAAAGCCUGUUCAGACAGCUGAUCAAAUGCAAGCUGUGGAUGCCUUUACUCAGCAUGUUACUCAACAUGUAAACAGGAAUUUUGAAGCUCAGGGUAUUGCCCAGUCAAAAAGAUAUGCCAAAAUUCGAUAUGAUUUCACUGCUCGAAAUGCCAGUGAACUUUCAGUGCUGAAGGAUGAAAUUUUGGAGGUUUUGGAAGAUAACAAACAAUGGUGGAAGCUGAGAAACCGGAGUGGGCAGGCUGGUUAUGUCCCAUAUAACAUCUUGGAUGUAGUAAAACUGGAGGAUUGUGGAUCAGUUGAACAGACUAAUCAGAAAUACAGAGGAGAUGUGAAUUCAAGAGGAAUUGGACCUUCCAGCCCCUCACAUAAGUUACCUGUCAGUUAUGCUGGGGAUAAAUGGGGAAGUGAAAUGUUAGCCCGCAAUUCUCCUGAUGCCAAAGAACAACUGAUCCAUCACAUGGAUGAAGUCAACGAUGAACUGCUGAAAAAAAUUACCAAUAUUAAAGUGCAGCCCCCUCAAAGAAACUUUAAAGUUGAGAAGGCACAGCAAGUUCAUGUGCCCCUGACCUUUGAGUCCAAUGCUGAAGAAGUCAGAGCUUGGCUGGAAGCAAAUUCUUUUAGCAAAGGAACCGUGGACCAUCUUGGAAUACUGACUGGAGCACAACUUUUUUCUCUGAACAAAGAAGAGUUGAAAAAAGUAUGCGGAGAAGAGGGGUCUAGGGUGUUCAGUAAAAUCACAGUUCAAAAAUCUCUCUUAGAGAAAAGCAGAGGGGAGUCAGAGCUUCAAGAAAUCAUGAAGCGGCGUCAGGAGAGGAUUGAUUCUGCUGUUUAAGUUCUAUCUGCUUUUUUCAUCUGUUAGUCAUAUACACUUACUUGCAGAAAAAGGGAAAAGGAGUACAAAAUAGCUUAUUAAGGUGAAAGAGACUGCAGGGAUCAGCACGUGAGCAAUGUAAAUUGCCAUUCAGACUGACUGUUCCCUGAGUACUGUUGGCAAAGGGGAGGCUGCGCUCCCUCAAUAACAUGACAUUGCAUUGGGAGAGAGGUUCUAGUAUUGCAUGAAGUAUUAUUUUUAUAUUUCUACAUUUUAUACAGAAAUUUUAUCUGUGUGAUGUUCACAGAACAUGAGGAAGACAAAAAUUCAUGUUCUGAUCAAAGGCUAGAUUGAAGCAAAAGCUGACCACAAAAAUAACGUGUACUUCCUCUAUGGCCCAUCACACUACAGUAAAAUUUCAUAGAAUGAACUGAAAUAAUGAUAAAAACUCUCCAGAAUGUUCCAGGUCCCUGUGUUUGUACUAAGAUGAUUCCACCUCUUCCAAUAUACUUUUGUACAUUGUACAUUGUACAUAUGUCCACUUCUGGGACCACUUUGGGACAUUUAAGAAGAGUAAACACAGGAUGAGGUAAUGAUCAACUGGCAAGCGAAUUGUUUGAAUUUGGCCAUCUACCCCAACUGUGUCUUAUAUGCCAUCAAAAGUCCAUAGGAAAACCAUCAUAUACUAAGGAUAACCAGAGUACAUCCAGGUCCAUUUUGACAGAACCAUUACCACACUAUCACCAGGAAAAAAAGACAACAUGAGUUGAAUGUUAUAUCUCCACAUGUAAAUAUAUUCUGAUGUACUGUGUAAUAGCUCCUGGCCAGGUGACCAAUUUCUCUCACAUCCAUGCCUUCAAGACUACAUAGUGCAGUUGGGACCAACCUUCGGUGCCUCCAUUUUUCUUGACAAGAUCACACAGAGUCUGCUCUGAUAAUGAUCACAAGGAAUUCCCAUGAUCUUUCCCCAGAUUAAUUUAGGUAGAUAAAUAUUAUUCAAAUUGUCAAAGUUAGAUAUAUGGAAUAUUAUAUCACAAAUGGCACUUAGUGGUGUGUGUCAGAAACUAAUUUCUCAUUGAUUGUAAAACAGCUCCCUGUCCCAAAAUCUUUAACAGAGCCUAAGCAGAGCGACACCCUUCGAAGUCUAGUGAAGUAAAUGGCCUUAGAAGGGUAAAACUCCGUUUAGGGUGGCACUGCCAGUGUCCUCAUCGUGCACUUCCCUGUGCUUCACAUAUUAUCAUUUAUCUCUCUCCCCUACUCUUCCUCUUUCUCAGUAAUCUGAGAGAUAUUCAGAUUUCCUUACUGACAAGGGCUGUCCUGUACUUCAUUGGCAAGUUAAUAAUAGGCGAUGGGCCCGGAUUAGCUGUGUAAUAGUUUGUUUUGGCAUUCCUCCCUAAUGUGCAAGCCACAGUAUUUCACAAUGCAAGACCUGACUAGUCAAAAGGUGAGUCAGAAUAUGAGAUUAAAGUUCAUUCAGCAAUAUUCUUCACUUUAGUUGAUGGAUACACAUUAUAUGGCCUCUGAGGCCAUUCUUUUGGGUUCCUAGAAUAUUGUAACAAAUUGAAACUUAUAUAUCUUUUAAAAGCUUGAGAGGAUGCAUGUAGCACAUUCCUUACCCACCCAGAAAUUAGAAGACUAUAUAAAGGAAUCCCAAAUUUGAUUUUUAUAACCAUUACAGAAAUCCUGUGUUGUUAGAAAUUUUGGAUUUGAUAAGUAGCAGAAUCUUUGGUCAUCAAACUAAGAUGAAAGUGCCACUGUAUGCCCUCACCUGGUACACAGCUCUGCAAAGAUGGGUUUCAGGUGGGUUGCUAUCUUAGUCUGUAGAAGAACUACAAAAUUCAGGUCUAGUAGCACCUUGUGUGUGUUAUAUGCUGUCAAGUCACUUCUGACUUACGGAUGACCUUUAGAGCACCUUAGAGAACAACAAAAUUUUCAUUGUUUUCAUUACUACCAUCCCAUAUAAGAAAAACGUGUUAGUCUUUAAAGUGCUACUGGUCUCAGAUUUUGUCUCCCUCUCCUGAUAAGCUAUAAGCCAAAUCCCACAAGCAGUAACAGCCUUCAGAAGUAGGGUUGCCAGGUCCCCUUACCCUCCUAGAGGGAGAGGGGCCAGCACUCACUUUCUCUUUGCUACUUGUGCACAUGCAAAGCAUGUGGGACUGUGCAUGUGCUUUGCAGUGGGCCAAUUUGGGCUGCAAACAGUCCCAGGAAGUGACAUUGUUGUGUUGCCCCAGGAGGCCUGUUCCCGCGCCUCCCCCGCCCCGCCAGUCAGGUGAGUGGUGGAAGAGAGUGCAGGGUGGGAGUGGGGGAUCCCCUGCCCCCAUUGGGAGACCUGGAAUCCCUAUUCAGAUGCUGAGUUGUACCGUCCAAAACGUGGUUUUACUGCAAGUCCACCUAUUUCCAUUCUGAGCAUACUCCAUUGGAAACCCACAACCCAGCAAUGUGAAGUAUGCAUGUUGAUUAGGGAUGGCAAUGUAUGACAAUAGCUGAAGCUUGUGUCACUGUAAGCUGCAUAUAUCCUUGCUUUAAAGUUCUCACAUAUCUGGAAAUAGAAGCUUGAUAAACACAUCUGAACUAAUAUUGCUGUUAAAUGCUCUUUUAUUCAAGUUUUGGAUGCCUGAAAAUGAAUUUCUUCUAAAAUUAAGUCCUACAAAGGUUGGCAACCAUGCAAAAUGUAAAUGGUAGGAGCAGGCCCAUGAUACUGUUGUUUCUCUCUAAGAUGCUUUACUCUGUAUAUGCCUGGAGUUAUGCAAGACCAAGCCGUUAGAUUAUACACACAUUACUGUUUGAUGUUUCUAUGCCUGCUAUUAUUAUUUGUACAUUAGCCACAAUGGAUUUAGAUUAUCUGUACAGAAAUAGGUAGGAAAGGUUCAUAACCCAAAAUCCAUGAAGGUGUAACUAAAUGAAAAUGCUGUUUUCACAUUAUAUAUUACAUUUUAAAGGUAGCUGUGCACAAAUAAUUUAAUCAUACUUUAAAAAUCAGAGCUAGUAUAAAGUAUCUAUUAUAUAUGAAGCUGACAAGUUUACAGUCAGCAGAAUAAACACUUAUUUUUGUUUAAUGUUAGACCAGAUUCUUAGAACAGAAAAAGCAAGCAGAGGGCUACUAAUGUGGAGUUGGUAAUAAUGAAAGUGCAGCAAAAUAGAAACAAAGCACAACUGUGAGCUUCAAGAUAGAAAUGUAAGAAAUAUAUAAUUACCUUUUCCUCCUCACUCUCAUGUGCUCCAGCACAGUUUAAUGUUAAUAAAAGUGGACCAUUCUAAACCUUUAUAGAUACAUACGGAACAUAUUCACAGUGCAAUCAUAUGCAGAGUUAAUCCAAUCUAAACUCAUUUAUUUCGAUGGAUUUAGAAGGGUGUAACUAAAUUUUAGACUGUAUUGUUAUGAAUUAAAGUUUUCUUGUACUGUUUGGUGGUGCUUAUCUCUGGUCAGAAAUGCAGCCACAGAUCAGUUCUAUCUCAUAUCAGAAGCCCCACCACAGUGCUGCCCUUCAGAAACCAUUGUCUUCUGAGAGUGCUCACAAUGUAUCAAAUUGAGUAUGUGCAUAUAUUUUAACAAGAUUACAAUCUUGCCUUAUUUGUUCAGUCAAACAUGACUUAAUGUAAUGAUCCUGAACUGUAUGUAUGUAAACAAGGAUGGCAAAUUGGAUUCAAAAUUAAAAGACUUUUACAUAUUA